UUUAAUGAAAUAAAAACAGUUAAACUAUGACAAGCUUACUGUUUACAAUACUUGGCUUGUGUUUCCAUACUUUAAUAUCAGCUCCGGACCCUGGAGACCAUUUCUUGGUGAAGAUGAAAGAUGGUUACAAGCUGCUAGAGUUGGAAGAUGGAGAAGGUUUAGAAGGUCUAAAAGGUUCAGCUGAAUCAAAUAGUACAUCUUCUGAUUACAACAUUUCACCAUCUGAUUCCGACAGUAAGUCAGCUGAGUCCGACAUUAAAUCAGCUGAAUCCAACAGUAAAUCAGAUGUAGAGUCCGACAUUACAGUUGAUUCUGGUGAGCCUAAUAUUGCUGAUGGAGUAGAGUCAAUGGAUGAUCUAUUUAAACCAAGCGGCGAUCCUGGAGACUAUGCUGAUGAUGGUGGUAUAGAGGAAGAAGAAUACUUCUUGGAUGUCGGGAAUUAAAUACACAUUUUUGAAAAGUACAAUUUCAUGAUUUUCAGAAAAACUGAAUUAUUUUGAUCUACAUUUAAAGAUGACAAUGCAAAUUGUUUAAUACGAAAUAAAGUGUAAUAUGACCUGUGUGCAGUCGAUGUAUUAUUAAAGUAUACAAAAAAUUUCAA